AUGAGUAAGAUAUUUACAAGUGAAUAUAGAAAACACCAUAGCUUAUCAGAAUUAGAAAAAUAUAAUGGAAUUGACGAUGACUGUUUUAAAGGGACUAAUGACCUUGUUGAAAUUGAAAUACCAAUGUCUAUUUUGUGGAUAGGAGAUUAUUGCUUUAAAGAUUGUACAAGAUUAAAAUCAGUUAAUAUACCAACAAAAGUUACUACAAUAGGAGAUGGAUGUUUUAAAGGAUGUUCAUCAUUAGUAACAAUUAAUAUACCAACAACAAUAAACAAAAUAACUUAUGAGUGUUUUUGUGCAUGUACAUCAUUAGUGUAUAUUAAAAUACCAACGUCAAUUACAUCAAUAGAAAAUGAAUGUUUUAAGUGUUGUUACAAUUUAAAAAAAAUUAACAUACCUAAUUCAAUUAACGCGAUCGGAAGUAAUUGUUUUGAAGAGUGUUUGUCAUUAAAGAAUAUUGAUAUACCAACAUCAAUCAAUGCAAUACCAGAUUAUUGUUUUUACAAAUGUUCAGCACUAACAUCAGUUACUUUACCAACAACAAUUACCAAGAUAGGAAAUAACUGUUUUAGUAGAUGUGCAAAAUUAAGAGUAAUUAAUAUACCAUCAUUGGUAAAUGAAAUAGGUAAUAAUUGUUUUAAUGAUUGUACAUCAUUAACAUUAAUUUCGUUACCAACAACAAUAAGUAAAUUAGAAGACAUUUGUUUUGGAAACUGCUCUUCAUUGGCAUCAAUUGAUAUACCAUCAACAGUCAGUGAAUUUGGAAAUAAUUGUUUUA